AUGUGUGCAGGCGGUGUGAGUGCGUUUGUCGUCUUUUAUCAGCAACAAUUCACGUGCUCGACUGCCGUCCGUGUUGUCUGCGAAGAGCGCGGAUGGGGCGGCAUUCUGCUGCUGGGCGAUGCAUUCGUCGGCAAGACGUCUCUGCUAAUUCGAUUUAAGGAUAAAGCCUUCCUUAAGGGCAGCUACAUAUCCACCGUGGGAAUCGACUACAAGACAAAACUGGUCAAUUGCGACGGGAAGCUGGUGAAACUGCAGCUGUGGGACACGGCGGGGCAGGAGCGAUUUCGGAGUCUCACGAAAUCUUAUUAUCGCGACGCAGAUGGCAAGUCCCUUGCAACUGUAAUGCUGGUAUACGACGUCACAAAACUGGAGUCAUUUAUCAACAUCAAGUCCUGGUUGCACGAUUUGGCGACUCACGCCCCAAGCAGUACAGUUGUCGCGAUUGUUGGCAAUAAAAUGGACGAAUCUGCCAAAAGAGUAGUGAAGUGUCAGACUGGAGCAGCUCUCGCCGCGACGACAAACGCACUCACACCGCCUGCACACAUGCCCCCACUAAUGUAG